AUGGGUAUCUUAACAGAGGACGAUGGCCUCAUCGACGCUGCAUUAUCCGAGAUCUUAUCCCUUCCUCUGGAUAAACGACAUGAACGAGACCCUGAACGAGAUGUGGAUUAUCUUCUGACGCAGCACUCUCUUGCUCAGGGCGAAAAAGGAAAGGCACUUUCACAUGCUCAGAAAUCUCUCUUCGCUGAACCUUCCAGGAGUUCCGCACGCCGUACUCUUGCUGUGCUUGCACUACAAAACGAAGACCCAGAAGCUGCUCUUGCCGCGCUCUCUGCUGCGAGUGCAGGCAUAGAUGAAGGGUCAGCCGAAGGGUCAGCCGAAGGUCUCGCACUACAGGCUGUAGCGCGCGCAUUGAAGGGACAUGGUAACGUCAGCGAGGAGAGAGAAGAAGAACAAAAGAUAAUUGAAGCGAAGAAGCUUGCUCAGCAGAGCGUGAUGCUGGCGCCCUGGGAGGUGAAGAACUGGGAGACUUUAGCAUUCGUUAGGACUCGGACUGAAGGCAUUGUUGUAUGUUGA